UGGAGAAGGUAGAAGGCGUUGCUGCUCUUCUAGCAGUAAAGCGCGCGUGUUUUUAGUGAAGUGAACCGAUCAUGAUUGGCCUCGCACGAGUUUGACAGUUAAGAACAUGGGGAUUUUAUUUUGGAUAGAUAUACCAAAAGACCGGCCAGUGACGUGAUGCCCAUCAACUGCCAGAGGCGGUAUGUCCCUUCAGCCGCCGUUGGACAAGCGCCGCAAGCUCAGCUUCCCUGCCCAGCUUCACCACAACCUCCUAGGACUGCCAGAGCGUCGGCCACCCAAAGUAUCCAAGCGACGGUUCAGUACAGUCAGCGACGCUGUUUCCCGCAAACUCUCCGGAUGGCGUUCCAACACCGGCGAAAUCGUCGCCCAAGCCAAAACACUUUGCGGACAGUACAUCCGGUGUAGGUUGAAACGAACGAAUCUUCUUAACAGAAAAUGCGGUCUGCAAAGACUCCGGAGUGCCGUGAGUUUGCCGGAGGUGCGAGAAGUGUUCCCAGAGCUGUUGAGUAUCGGGUUGGAGUUGGAGCGGAUGCAUCCGUCGCUGUACACGGGCGUGGGACGUCAGGCGAGCUGCACGCCGGUGUUGACCAGUGAGGCGGCGGUGACCAGUGUACUGACUGGGGUGGCGAGGGAGUUGUCUCGGGAAGUGACCUGGGCUAAGGUAGUGUCUCUGUUCGCCGUAGCUGGAGGAUUGGCUGCCGACUGUGUGAGGCAAGGCCACCCGGAGUUGCUGCAGACAGUAGUGGAGUCGCUGGGCCAAGCUGUGGAUUACCACAUGGCUGAUUGGAUCGCUCAUCACGGAGGAUGGGCUGGUCUGCUGAGUUACUGUAAGCCGCCAGACAACGACAUCUCUCUCUCAGGGUUCGUGGCGUUGUUAGCAGCAGCUCUCAUGAUCUUUCUGCUCCUGAUUCUUUCUCUCCGUUGGCUUGGGAGGAUCUCUUUCUUUUGAGGAACUUGUACAUUUUUGUUGUUGACCAUAUUGGUGGAAAUGUUAUGUUUUUUUCAAUAUAGAUUUUAUAUUAA